AAGCUGUCUGCUCCAGAAGAUUCGGCGCGAGCUGCAUCACGGCCGCGGAAUCGCUCAUUGAAGAAGUCCGCAGCAGUACAGGAUGAUGAGCCAUCGUUGUUGGAUAUGGGACGGCGAGCUGCCUCAUUCGAGACAUGCCAGGCCUCGACCGUCAAAGCCUCGCCAUCACUGCGACCGGCAUCGUUUGACUCACGAAUGUCGGCGUUCUCUCCAGUGGACGUGCCACGGUUACUCGUCCAUUCACCGGCAUCUCCGCUAGCCAUGGAGCCACCUCCGCAGGCCACCGACAGUCGGCUGCUGACCGUGCCAUCGCCGGACUACCGAAAAAUGUCUUGUGAGUCUCCCAAAGCUAGCGACUACAUCACGAUGGGUUUGGCUCCGGCGAUUCUCGGCCAAUUAACGGCAAUUGCAUCGACGAUGAUGACACCCACGACGAUGGACGAAGUUAAACCGUCACCAAUCCAAAGUAUGGAUUGCACUGCGUCACUCGAGCAGAUUACCUCAUCAUCCCUUGAUCUCCCUCUACCUCCAAGCAUAGGCCAAGAGCAGGUUCAACUUCCCCAAGCGUCGGCCGAAUUGCUCGCGCAAAUGCCAGCGAAAUCGGUUAUACAGGACGACAUCCGCAGUGGCAAUGGACGGUUUCAGCUAGUACGCAAACGUGGUCGUAGCGAAGUCUGGAAUCUCUUCGGGCAGGUCAGUAGCUUUCAGGACUAA